AUGCAUCUGUACACCCACCUCGCCCUGCUGUCCGCCUGGACCCUUUCUGCUUCCGCCCACUUCAUUCUGCAAUACCCCAACUCGGUCGGAUUCAGCGAUGACGACGAAGGCACCGCGCCCUGCGGUGGCUUCGAUGUCACCUUCGGCAGCAAUGACUCCUCGAUCCCGGUCGGCGGUUUCCCUGUCUCGGUGUUGAGCACGCACCCAGCUUCAGACUUCCUGUUCCGCGCGACGCUCGACCAAGAGCCCCCCUUCAACUUCACCAACCUGCUGCCCGUGGUCUCGGAAACCGGGAUCGGCGAGUUCUGUCUCCCGGCCCUGGUGGCCCCGGCCGAGUUCGCCGGCAACCCUGGUGUGAUUCAAGUGAUCCAAAAAGGGCCUGAUGGCGUUUUGUACCAGUGUGCGGCAGUCAACUUCGUGUCCGGCAUCAACGACACGGUCGGCGCCAGCUGCACCAACGUCACGGGCUUGACAGCAGUCAUCACAAACCAGAACGACUUCGACACGAGCCCUUCUUCCUCGGCCUCUGGCUCGGCGUCGGGGACCGCCUCACCCACCGCCUCUGGGGAUGCUACCCCCUCCAGCUCGCCAGACUCGGCUGCCGCUGCCAGUGCCCCUCAAAUGGUCAUGGGUCUCUUCGGUGCGGCUGCGCUCGCGGCCUCGUUCUUGCUAUGA